AUGGCAACCACCCACGACGACGCGAAUGACAUGUACGACGAGCAUCACGGCCACGGUCCCGCGCCGGGAGAGACAGCGGAGCAACACGCCCAACACGCGCAAUACGCGCACACGAAACACUGGGGCCUCGGCCGACGGGCGGAAUGCGCUCUCUUCUACGCCUUCACAGUCCCCUCGUGGUGUUUCGAAAUCGCCUCCUGUGCCAUCGGAAGCUUCGAUAAGACUGUCUCCCAUGCCUUCAUCGCCACCUGCACGGCAUGGCUGGUUCUCUGGGCGGCGGCGUGGUUGCAGACCGCCACGGCCAUGGUUCAGAGGGCAAGUUGGGUGCGAGACGAGGCGAACUUGAAAGACCGCAAGCAGUAUCUGUAUCUCUCCGUGAGGUUGCAGCGGUUGAUGCUGGUGAGCGAAAUUGCCCCUUUCCUUUCCUUCCCUGCCGGGUCUUCCCAUGCGCUGAUUUCUGUUUGUGGCAGCCCACAUCCGUCAUCGCCCUGGUGACCUUCAUCGUCGCCUACACGCGACGAGAACAGUACAAAGACCUGGCCUACUGGCUGAUCUACCUGCUCUUCUUCAUCUUCAACUGCGUCGGGUGCGUCAUGAACGCAUACAAUAACAUUUCCUGGGAGUGCGAUCGUCUCCACUACGAGGAAGGAUUCCCAGCUUUCAAGCACACUCGACUGGCAAUCCUGGGCAUCCCCAGCUCGGACAGAGGUAUCUUCCGGUUUGACUGA